AUGGCGAGUGGUGGACCUUCGCGCCGGCGGCCGCUGCAUUCAGCUCAGGCCCUGGAUGUGGCCUCAGGAUCCAGCUUCCGUGCCUUCGAGAUGCUGCAUUUACACUUGAACCUGCGGGCCGAGUUUGGCCCCCCGGGCCCGGGCCCAGGAAGCCGGGGUCUUAGCGGCUCCGCGGGCCUGGAGCUGCGGUGCCUGGAGGAGGGCAGCCCCGAGCUGCUGCUGGACUCGCACCCCUGCCUGGAGGUGACGGCGGCGGCGCUGCGCUGGCUCCGGCCGGACGGGGAGGACCUGCCCCUGGAGCCUGUGUCCUUCUCCAUUCGGCCCUUUUCCCAUUACGGCCAGGUCUUGUGCGUGGCGCUGCCACAGCCUUGCCGAAUUGGUGACCGCUUCCUGGUGCAGUUCACCUACCGCGUCGCAAAGGGACCCGGGGUGUGCUGGUUGACUCCCGAGCAGACAGCAGGAAAGAAGAAGCCCUUUGUCUAUACCCAAGGUCAAGCCGUGCUAAACCGGGCCUUCUUCCCUUGCUUCGACACUCCUGCAGUGAAAUACAAAUAUUCAGCCCUCAUUGAGGUCCCAGAUGGCUUCACAGCUGUGAUGAGUGCUAACACCUGGGAGAAGAGAGGUCCAAAUAAGUUCUUCUUCCAGAUGUGUCACCCCAUCCCCUCCUAUCUGAUAGCUUUGGCCAUUGGAGAUCUGGUUUCGGCCGAAGUUGGACCCAGGAGCCGUGUGUGGGCUGAGCCCUGCCUGAUUGACGCCGCCAAGAAGGAGUACAAUGGGGUGAUAGAAGAGUUUUUGGCCACAGGAGAGAAGCUUUUUGGACCCUACGUGUGGGGAAGGUAUGACGUGCUCUUUAUGCCGCCCUCCUUUCCGUUUGGAGGCAUGGAAAACCCUUGUCUGACCUUUGUCACCCCGUGCCUGCUAGCAGGGGACCGCUCUCUGGCUGAUGUCAUCAUCCAUGAGAUCUCCCACAGCUGGUUUGGGAACCUGGUUACCAACGCCAACUGGGGCGAAUUCUGGCUCAAUGAAGGCUUCACCAUGUAUGCCCAGAGGAGGAUCUCCACCAUCCUCUUCGGGGCUGCUUAUACUUGCUUGGAGGCUGCUACCGGAAGGGCACUGCUUCGGCAGCACAUGGACAUCACGGGCGAGGAUCACCCCCUCAACAAGCUCCGAGUGAAGAUUGAGCCAGGUGUUGACCCAGAUGACACGUACAACGAAACCCCCUAUGAGAAAGGCUUCUGUUUCGUCUCCUACCUGGCCCACUUGGUGGGCGAUCAGGAUCGGUUUGACAAUUUUCUCAAGGCCUAUGUUGAUGAGUUUAAAUUCCAAAGUAUCUUAGCUGACGACUUUCUGGAAUUCUACUUGGACUAUUUCCCUGAGCUGAAGGAAAACAAAGUGGACUGCCUUCCAGGUUUCGAGUUUGACCGAUGGCUGAAUACUCCUGGCUGGCCCCCCUACCUCCCUGAUCUCUCUCCUGGGGACUCACUCAUGAAGCCCGCCGAGGAGCUGGCCCAGCUCUGGGUGACUGAGGAACCAGACAUGAAGGCCAUUGACGCCGUGGUUAUUUCUGCCUGGAAGACCUACCAGCUGGUCUACUUCCUAGAUAAGAUCCUCCAGAAGUCCCCUCUCCCUCCUGGGAAUGUGAAAAAACUUGGAGAGGCAUACCCCAACAUCUCAGAUGCCCGCAAUGCAGAGCUGAGGCUGCGAUGGGGUCAAAUUGUCCUUAAGAAUGACCACCAGGAGGAUUUCUGGAAAGUGAAAGAGUUCCUGCAGAGCCAGGGCAAACAGAAGUACACCCUUCCACUCUACCACGCGAUGGUGGGCGGCAGCCAGGUCGCCCAGGAGCUCGCCAAGGAGACCUUCGCCUUGACGGCCAACCAGCUCCACAGCAAUGUGGUCAACUACAUCCAGCAGAUCCUGGCAUCCAAGGGCAGUUAGAAGCUCAGAGCGUGCCCCUGACCUCUUCAGUCUUCCUUUCAGACGAUUGCUUUGUUCCUAACUUAAAGUUCUCCAGCUUCCUGAAGUUUGUAUCUCCUCAGGAUAAUCUCUUCUCAGAGUUUAGG